AUGCUGUCCAACAUUUUCGGGAGCGUGUGCUCGAUAGACCUUAAAAUAGACGCAGAAGGAAGCCGGAAGUUCGCUUUUUUGCGAAAGGACAAAAAGGGAGAGAAGUGUCCCAUAUUUUCAGAUGGAGAAGAUAUCAAUGGAGUUGCCACGAUCAGCCUAAAACCAGGAAAGAAGUUUGAGCAUUACGGAAUAAAGCUAGAAUUGAUUGGGCAGAUAAAUAUCCUGAAUGAUAAGUCGAACUCGUAUGAUUUCUUCUCCAUAUCAAAGGAUUUAGAGCCGCCAGGUUUUCUAAUAGAAAGCAAACAAUUCAAAUGGAAAUUCUCUUCAGUCGACAAACAACAUGAAUCAUAUUUCGGAACCAAUGUAGAGUUACGAUACUUUGUUAGACUAAAUAUAAUAAAAGGAUAUUCAGGGAGUGUACAAAAGGAAAUAGAUUUUAUAGUACAAAAUUUAUGCAUACCUCCAGAGAUCAACAGUACUAUUAAAAUGGAGGUAGGAAUUGAAGAUUGUCUUCACAUAGAAUUUGAAUAUGAUAAAUCCAAGUACCAUUUGAAAGAUGUUGUGGUUGGUAAAGUUUAUUUUUUACUUGUAAGAAUUAAAAUAAAACAUAUGGAAUUGGACAUAAUAAAAAUGGAGACAUCUGGAGUGGGUAAGAAUUACACCACCGAAACAGUGACCUUGUCUAAAUUUGAGAUUAUGGAUGGGUCUCCUAUAAAAUCGGAAUGCAUUCCCGUGAGGCUAUACUUGAGUGGUUUUGAUUUGACCCCCACUUAUAAAAAUAUUCAGAACAAGUUUUCCGUUAAGUACUACAUCAACUUAAUAAUUGUGGAUGAGGACGAGCGCCGCUAUUUUAAGAAACAGGAAAUUUUUCUUUGGCGGAAAAAGCUCGGAUGA